UGACAUUUUUUGUUGCUUCCUCUGUACUUAUGCUUCUUGCAGGAACAGUGUGCACUGUAAAGUCAAGCAAAGGUGAAAAAGUCCUUUUAGGAUCCGACUUCACCUUCUCCUGCAUCUUUAACAAGCAAUGCACCAAACUAAUGUUUCGGAAUAGGACACUAAUUAAAUAUAAACAAUUCCCCAAUUCAAGUGAGGUGUCUGUGGAUGUUGAGAAUUUAACAGAGCCAAGCACCUUCAGCUGCAAUUGUAAGGAGCCUCGCUCAGAACCAUGUGGAAUUGACAUCAAACCAGGAUACCCUCCAGACGUUCCACAAAAUCUGACUUGCAUUCAGAAAAUGAAAUCUGGCAACAUCAGUUGCAUUUGGACAACAGGAAGGGGUACCAUAAUCAACACCACAUGUCAGUUACGGGUUCGAGAUGACCUGCACCUUGGCUAUGAGAGUACUAUGAACUCUACAGGAUUUUGUCACUCCACCUUCCCCAUCAAAAACUCAAUAGUGUCACAGCUCUUCGUGUCACUCAAUGUCUCUAAUAGCCUGGGCUCAAAAACCUCAGGCCCCCACACCAUCAUCCUCAGCAAUAUAGUAAAACCCUCAAUGCCUGAAAUCGUUAAUGUGAGCUGCUCUUCUCGAUGGUGCAUCCUACACACAGACAAUCACAGCUUGAAUGUGGUUGAAAUUCAAUACAGUGCGGUAAAUGGGAUCUGGAACACCCUCCAGACUAAUGCUAAGAGCAGAUUGAACAUAUCCUCACUGCAGCCAUAUACCACGUAUAAGUUCCAGAUCAGGAGGAAAAUCAACCAUAGCGUAGGUCUGUGGAGUGACUGCAGUCAACCAAAGGCAGCAAAAACCAAAGAAGAAGCUCCUGAUAAGGUGCUUGACGUCUGGUACCUUCUAGAAAUGAAACCCCCACAAUCUAACAGCGAGUGUUUCCACAUAUUUUGGAAGGAACUGAAUUCAUCAGAUGCCAAGGGGAAAAUUCAGAGGUAUAAUAUAAGUGUUCGGGAGCAAAUGAGAAUGAGGAACCCUAUCAUCGCAGUUCCACCCAGCAGAAAUGAGAGAAUAUGCUGCUCUCAUUGUUCUGUGUCAGUGUCCGCAAUUAACUCAGGGGGUCAAUCUCCUGUCACAUUUAUUCAUCUGCAUUUUCCAGGUCUGGUUUCAGGUUUCCUGUCACACAGGCCAUUGAAUAAUCAUAGUGUUGCCCUCUUCUGGCACAAACUUGCCAUUGCAAGCACUGAAUAUGUGGUGCAUUGGUAUCCAGUUGGAAACAUCGAGGCGAUUCAGUGGAUUAGAGUGGUGGAUACCACAGCUCACAUUACAGGUCUGCAGCCUCAAGAAUGCUAUGAUGGUGCAGUUACCGCUCUGCAAUCAACUGGUCCCAAAAUGGCAUCCAUUAAAGGCAUCUCCACAUGGCAAUCAGCUCCAGAACAGGGUCCAGUUCCUCAACUUUGCUCGAAGAACAGCGAGAGCUUGAAUGUGACAUGGUCCGAAAUCCCUCAAAGGAAGAGAAGAGGCUGUUUGAAAAAAUACACUGUCUACUUGAUGGACAAUUUGAAGGAAGAUAUUCACAAUUUCAGUGUAGACCAUCCAAACAGACAGUAUGUCAUCAGUGGUCUGUCACCAGGACAGUGUUACAAUCUGUGGGUCACUGCCUGGACUGAUGCUGGGGAGGGACCCAAAGGAAGUGAUCUCCCAUUCUGCACACCAUCAUACUCUGAGAGAAUGCUGUCCCUUGUGAUCUUGACUGGUGGAGUAGUACUUUUGGGCUGUCUAAUCCUGCUGUGCCUCUGUCAGUUCACCUCCGUCCAGAAAAGAUUCUUAUGCUGUUGCCAGUGUCUGCUGCCUAUAAUUCCAGAUCCAGCAAACAGCAAAUGUGCAAAGACAUACGCUGAUGACCAGAGUGAAAUCAAAUUCUACCUAGACCAAUUUGACUCCAGUGUGAAUGAGGAGCCCGAUAACGUGGAGGUGGAGGAAGUUCCCUAUCCCUCCAUCUGCACCUACAUCAAAAGUUUCUCUCAGGAGUCCAGCUCCUCUGAUGCCACCCAGAUCACCAGGAUCACAGACAUGAUAGAGGACUACAUCUCCACUCAUGGCGCAAUAAGUGGAGGAGAAGAGGAAGAUGAAGAAGAGACAGGUUUGGACGAAUUUGAAUUCUUCCCAAGCAUGCACAGCCCUUUCCUGGAGCCCCUGGUUUUAACUGGAGGGAAGCUGACGCUGGAUGUAGUGAAAAUAGACUGCAGUGAGUUUCUGGAUUGCACAUGAUUCUCAAGAGGCAUUAAAAUUGGACCUGACAGUGACUAUACUACGGAUGCUGAAAAAUAACAAUGGACAUUCCAGGAAUAGCCAGUCAGAAGGACAAACUUUUUCUCCUUGCUCUGAAACCCAGCCAUACCUGCAUCUCAAGCUAAUGUUGGACAUUUUAAAGUCGCAAUGUAAUGCAAAUAGCGAAAGAUUUUCUUUUUGCAUAUUGUGAUGAACAUCCAAGUGAAAUGGACACAAUGUAUGACAGGGGCUUGCUUCUAUCUGUCUGUUGUUGAUUGGAUGGAAGCAGAUCUGAAUGCAAGCUUGCAGUUGAUUUUAAGGAAGCGGUUGGUUUCAGCAGACCAAAUGUUUGGAGAAGUCUGGCAUAGAACUCUGAUGCUUCACCGGAAGAUCAAAUUAUAUUUUAAUAAAAAAAAUAUAAGGUAAAAAAUAAAAUUAAAAAAAAAGUACACAUAGCCUGCCUCAGCUACUUCUCUCUGAAAUACAGAUGAUCUAACAGACUGUUAACAGCCCAUCAAGAGUGCUGGAUACUUAACGAAUGUAAAUUGUAAAGGGUUUAGGCCAUAUUCUACAAAUUCCAUCUUUCCACUAAAACACUCAGCAGCUGUCCAACACUAACUUUAAAACUGUAACUUUUCAACUCUUUCACAAUACAUCAAGAAAAAAUUGCACAAGUUUCAAUAUCAAUGCAGACUCAGUACUCGUAUCUACUCUAAUGCAAGGUGUUUGACACAAAUACAUGCCAUCAGUACAUUAGUUUUUCAUCAGCUCAGCUGAAUACUGUCCUAAUGUAAAGUUUUUAUUUGUAAGUAAACCUUUAAAGUCAAAGCAUCAUGAAAAAAAAUAAAUGUUCUUUUUUGGAUAUUUGUGUGGUUUACGGUCACUACAAUUUUAAAAUGAAAUGGUAAAUGGGGCUGUGGAGAGAGGGCAACAUGAUUUUGGCCUAUAGCCAUUUUACCAGUCAGUCACAAAUAGUUGUUUCAUGCGUAUUUCACAAACUAAACCUCAAUAAUAAACUAGAUUUCAACAUUUUCUAAAGGAAAUGCGAGCUGCCAAAUGCUUUUGCAAAAUAUGGACUUGUAAGUGCAAGUGUAAGUCCACUGUAAACACAAAUUAACCACCUCAUUUACAAUAAGUUCCCACUCGUUAACCUGAAUACAAUAAGUAUUUCUACAGCACGUAUGAAUUUUAAUUUCAAAAUGUAAAAUUUUUGAAAUCAAAACUUGAAUCUGUCAACACUAAUGCAUCAUGCACUAACAUAGAAGAAUGCUGAACUGCAUUUUGUCAGCCAACUUUAACCAAGAUUUUAAACAUGCUGCAAAAAAAAAAAAAGGCUCAUGUUGGCUAAUGCAUUAAGUGUUUACAACUGGGACCUUACUGUUAUUUCUAAGCCAAACUCGAUCUCUGACACCAUUUUAACCAAUACUACACCAUACCAUAAGAGACAAUUUUCAGCUACUAACAGGACCAGUAUCACUAUUGGAUUUUAAAUAAAAUGUAACGAACCAGCAUCAGACAAGAGCAAGUUUGAAGCGGUUUCAUCUUUGAAGUUAAAGUCCACACAACAACUCUGUAUGAAUCGACUAUCUUUUAAUUAUUGACAGAGGUCUAAUAGCAGGGUAGGAAUUCACACAUCACUCAGCUGUUCCACACUGAACAGGAUGGUUUCUUUCAGACCAGUUAUGCAGGAAACUGUUGUAAAAGCAAUGGGGCAGAAAGAAAAUGUCAUUUCUAACAGGAUUUAUCCAUAACCUGGCUCAAAUUUUUUAGUAAACAGGAGUGGUGUGUAAACUUGCUUCUUGUAUUUACACUGGAACUUUGCGUAACGAAUGAUACUACCCUGAGUUACCAGAGCCAAUGGCAUAAAGACACCAUUUUGAACUUUACAGUGGUCAUUCGAUAAAAGACACUUUUUGUGGCGAGUGCAACUGAAUCAUCGGAACUACCUCUUGGCAUUAAGUUAUGAAUCAUAAAUUGUACAUUUAAUCGAAAUGAUUUCAGAUUGUGUUUCAAGGCCCGCUUUCAGGGAACCGAGGUGUUUAAUUCAACAAUGAGCAGAACCAAAAUGCUCUGUAAUUUCCCUUAGAAAUGCAAUAACCUUUACAAAUUAAAAGACUAACUUGUAGAUCUUGCACCUGAAAUGGCUGCCUUGUUAUGAGGCUUUUUCGUGUAAAAAGCAAGCUACCGGACACCUUAAGAUAAACCGGUGUGCUCUUCACACCUAUUUUUGGAAAUGCAUAUUUUCAAGCAGCAGUACAAAAAGUAUCCAUGAACAAUGCAUAAUUUCUGAGAAAAAAAAGAAACAACAACAAAAGAAACACUGUAUGAAAACAUCCCUGCUACCUUAUUUCUAAAUACAAAACCUCGACCAAUAAUUUGCUUCAGAAUAGCAAGAAGUCCGUUCUUUUUUUUUUUUUUUUAAUUUUCCAUCUUUUUUU